CAUUAAUGCAAUCAUCGAAUCCCCAAAUUAUAUAUGCAGUCGUCGCAAGAGGCUCCAAUGUCUUUUUGUCAGAGUAUUCAACACUUAAAGGGAAUUAUAUCGAAUUUUCGAAAACAAUUCUAUCAAAAGUAGACUGUAAUAAUAUCAAAGGUUAACCAAUAAAAUGCUAAGAAGUCAUUCAACUAUGAUCAAUAUGAGUUUCACAUUUUAGUAGAAGAUGGGUUUUCAUUUUUGAUUAUGGCAGAAAGAGGAUUGAAGAUGAGAAUUGCAUUUGCUUGUUUGGAGGACAUGAAAUAAAAAUUCUUUUAAAUGUUUUAGCCAUAAUAAAGGGAUAAAGCUAUAUCGUAUGGAUUAAAUUCAUAAUUCUCUACAGUAAAAUUAUACAUUAAACAUUAUGAAAGGAAUAGAAAAACAAAAUUGAAUAUUAUAAUUCUCCCCAGGCAGACAAAUUAAGGAUGGUUUCUGAUAACAUUCAGUAAACCAAAGACGUAAUGAUGGAAAAUCUGGAUAAAAUAUUGGAAAGAGGCGAGAAAAUUGACAUUCUGGUACAAAAAACCGAUUAAAUGGUUAUGUAACACAUAGUAAUAGGUUUAGGAUAUCAACAACGAUGAAACAAAAUGCAACAACCCUGAGAAGAAAAAUGUGGUGGAGAAAUAAAAAAAUGAUGAUCAUCAUGAUAUUAGUGGGAAUAUUGGCUAUCUACUUUAUCAUGGUAAUCGCAUGUGGAGGAUUUGCUAUGCACCGAUGCUUUGGUAGUAACGACUGAUUAAUUAAUAUAUAUAUGUAUUAAUUAAUUAAUAGAAAUUAGAGAAUGUUUUAAUUAAUUCAGUUCUACUUUGUAGAAUCUGUGUUCAAUCAGAUUGAGAAGAAGGCUGAUGAAGAAUGCAUUUGUUAAGAAAAUGCGAAGUAGGAG